AUGGAGCAGGUCCGAGGGGCCGAAUGGCCUACUCCUACACGUUCUACAAGUAACAGGCUAAAUUCUUUAAUCACGUUAAAGCCUUUACGGAUUGAAGAAAAGCACAUUAUAGCAGAACUGACGGUACAGGGACUGUAUUCCCGCCUCACCCUGACAUCACUGGGCGCAGAGAGCCCUCCUCCAGCCGCCUCUCGCUGCCUCCCAUUGACGCCGCCACUUCGCUCCAGUUUGCGGAGGUUGGCGGCGCCGAGUAGGAGCGGCGCAGAGCCGGGGCAGUACCGGCGCAAGAUCGGCGCAGAGCCGGGGCAGUACCGGCGCAAGAUCGGCGCAGAGCCGGGGCAGUACCGGCGCAAGAUCGGCGCAGAGCCGGGGCAGUACCGGCGCAAGAUCGGCGCAGAGCCGGGGCAGUACCGGCGCAAGAUCGGCGCAGAGCCGGGGCAGUACCGGCGCAAGAUCGGCGCAGAGCCGGGGCAGUACCGGCGCAAGAUCGGCGCAGAGCCGGGGCAGUACCGGCGCAAGAUCGGCGCAGAGCCGGGGCAGUACCGGCGCAAGAUCGGCGCAGAGCCGGGGCAGUACCGGCGCAAGAUCGGCGCAGAGCCGGGGCAGUACCGGCGCAAGAUCGGCGCAGAGCCGGGGCAGUACCGGCGCAAGAUCGGCGCAGAGCCGGGGCAGUACCGGCGCAAGAUCGGCGCAGAGCCGGGGCAGUACCGGCGCAAGAUCGGCGCAGAGCCGGGGCAGUACCGGCGCAAGAUCGGCGCAGAGCCGGGGCAGUACCGGCGCAAGAUCGGCGCAGAGCCGGGGCAGUACCGGCGCAAGAUCGGCGCAGAGCCGGGGCAGUACCGGCGCAAGAUCGGCGCAGAGCCGGGGCAGUACCGGCGCAAGAUCGGCGCAGAGCCGGGGCAGUACCGGCGCAAGAUCGGCGCAGAGCCGGGGCAGUACCGGCGCAAGAUCGGCGCAGAGCCGGGGCAGUACCGGCGCAAGAUCGGCGCAGAGCCGGGGCAGUACCGGCGCAAGAUCGGCGCAGAGCCGGGGCAGUACCGGCGCAAGAUCGGCGCAGAGCCGGGGCAGUACCGGCGCAAGAUCGGCGCAGAGCCGGGGCAGUACCGGCGCAAGAUCGGCGCAGAGCCGGGGCAGUACCGGCGCAAGAUCGGCGCAGAGCCGGGGCAGUACCGGCGCAAGAUCGGCGCAGAGCCGGGGCAGUACCGGCGCAAGAUCGGCGCAGAGCCGGGGCAGUACCGGCGCAAGAUCGGCGCAGAGCCGGGGCAGUACCGGCGCAAGAUCGGCGCAGAGCCGGGGCAGUACCGGCGCAAGAUCGGCGCAGAGCCGGGGCAGUACCGGCGCAAGAUCGGCGCAGAGCCGGGGCAGUACCGGCGCAAGAUCGGCGCAGAGCCGGGGCAGUACCGGCGCAAGAUCGGCGCAGAGCCGGGGCAGUACCGGCGCAAGAUCGGCGCAGAGCCGGGGCAGUACCGGCGCAAGAUCGGCGCAGAGCCGGGGCAGUACCGGCGCAAGAUCGGCGCAGAGCCGGGGCAGUACCGGCGCAAGAUCGGCGCAGAGCCGGGGCAGUACCGGCGCAAGAUCGGCGCAGAGCCGGGGCAGUACCGGCGCAAGAUCGGCGCAGAGCCGGGGCAGUACCGGGGCUGA